ACAGCGGCAUCAGCAUCGUCACACCCCUCAGUGGCAGCACUGUGGUGUGUUCUAGUGGAGAGGCUUGUUCGGGGGCCGAUGGCGGCUGAAGCCAAGGUGGUGGUAAUCGGUGCCGGCGUGAUCGGCGUUGGAGCAGCGCUGGCCAUUCAGCGUGAACUGCCUCGAGCGACCGUUACCAUAGUAACGGCUCAGCUGACCCCACUCACAACGGGAGAUGGCGCCGCCGGCAUUUGGGGACCGCACUACGUCAGUGGUGACCCGAUAAAGAUCAGGGACUGGAGUCAGGCGACACACGACUUCCUGCAGCGUCUCUGGAUGGAGGGCGAGUGCCCAGGAAUCGGUCUGAUUGCUGGCCACGACCACCCCGAGAAGGCUCUCCACACCACAGUGCCCUUUUAUCACGAGGAUGCGCCAGCCUCUGGGGACGCCUCAGCGCCAGAAGAAGGGAAGAUGGGGUCGUCAGGGUCUGCUGCGCGGAUGUUUGAGUCAUCGUCGGAUGGCAAGAAGAUGACAGAAUCUUCACAAUCGGGUAAACUCUCUACGGAGACACCUGUUUCAGGUAAAGAUAAGAUUCAUCCAGAGCUAAGAUCCACUCCUUACGAAGGGAAACUGAGUCAGCAAGUUACCUUCUAUGCAGAACCAUCCAAGUUUCUCCCAUUCCUGCUAUCUGCCUUCAAAUAUCACGGAGGCAACGUCAUCGUUGCCAAUGUGACGUCACUCCAACAGCUGGCAGAGUAUGACGUCAUUAUCAACUGCACCGGGCUGGGAUCUGAAACUCUGUUCGGCGACACCACACUCCAACCCAUUCGAGGUCAAUUGGUGCGUGUGAAAGCACCAUACGUCAAAAGCUUCCUCGCUAGAAACGGUUUUUACAUCGUUCCGAACGAAGACGCGGUUGUUUUAGGCGGCACAGCACAGCUGAAUGACCGACGCACGGAGCCGGACAUUGCAGACACAGCAAGAAUCGUUGCAGGCUGUUCGAAACUGAUUCCCGCCCUGCGUGGGGCCCCGAUUGUGGGUGUGUGGGUUGGGCUAAGGCCUUUCAGGCCCGGAGGAGUCCGCCUGGAGUCGGAGCGACAUCUGGUGGCCGGAAGGUGGCGCUGGGUGGUGCACAACUACGGCCAUGGUGGAUCGGGUGUUACGCUGUUCUGGGGCUGUGCGCUAGAGGUGGCGGCGAGGGUGCGUGAGAUUCUGGAGAACGUCACAGCCAGCAAGCUCUAAAUAUGGUGACCGGAGUCCGGAAAGCUGUUUCCGACGUAACAUUGUUACCCGAUGUAUUAUGUAUAGCUGCAGAUACUGCUCUAACCUGCUCGACUAUAAAAUAAUCUGCGAUCUAACAGGCAAGUUGACUACAUAGUACAUAUGUGUAAACCUGCGGAAUAACAAAGCUCUUCGUAUCUGGGGCACUCCUUCAAGCACUAACACCUGCUGAGAGGUGACAUGUAUGACCGUCACAGACAACGAGUGGCGCUAGGUAGUUCUCUGAUUAACAUUUAGGUCUACUGGACCAUAAGUGGCAACGCAAUGAGCGCCAGGGGCUCCUGUUUUGUAUAUUUUUGAUGGAAUGUGAAGUGUGCCGAUGUCGAUAGACGAGCUGUGAAAAGGGAGAUGCAAUUACUUGGCCAAUAUAAGGUGUAUGUAUAGUGUAUACCCAAAAA